AAAUGUUCUAGUGUAAACUUUUUGUAUUCUCAUCAGAUUAGAAGAUAUUCUGCGAAAAUUCUCCCUGAAUUUGAGUCCAGUCGACUUGUUUUGCUACUCAAAAUUUGGAUCGAGUAAUAAACGGAUUCGAGUGAUUGUCAAACACCCCAUGAAAAAAAGAAUCCUUUCCUUCUCAAGGGAAUAAUAUUUUUAGUAUUCGAUCAUAUUGAAUAUGUCUGGGAAAGCGCAGAGGCCCUACGAUGUCAUUCGUUACAUUUGUGAAAAACAAGUCGUGGUUUUAGAUAUUGGAGCAGCAUACACCAAGUUCGGUUACGCCGGUGAAGCUACACCUAGAGGCAUAAUCAGAACCGAGAUAAAGUGCUCAGAGACACAGAAAAUACGUCCGAUUUUCAAAUACAAUAAUGUCGAUGAUUUGUAUCAACUACUCGUCGAGUUUCUGCACAGUAUUUUCUUCAAACAUGCUGCGAUAACACCAAAGGACGUGAGACUGGUGAUACUGGAGAGCCUCCUGACUCCUACCAAGUUCCGUGACACCCUGGCCAAAGUUCUUUUCAGGCAUUUUGAAAUCGCCUCUUUGAUGCUCUUACCGAGUCAUUUGGUGACAAUCAGCACCCUCGGUUGGGAUACAGCCCUGGUGCUGGAUGUUGGUUAUCAGGAGGCCACUCUGAUUCCAGUUUAUAACGGGGUGCCGAUGCUGAAAGCCUGGCAGAGUCAGCCGUUAGCAGCUGAAGCCGUUCAUAAUCGUAUGAGGGAGCAUUUAAAAGAAUCACUACCAAAUGUAGAAUUUGACGAAGAAUUCAUUGAAGAUAUAAAAGUGAGGACUUGUUUUGUGACGACCCUCGAGCGUUCCAAGAAACUGGACAGCGACGAACCCCCGGUUCCACCCCCUUCAGUCAAGUACCCCGGAUUAAAGACGAUUAACGUCCCCGGCGACAUAAGAGAAAAGGCAUUUGAAUUACUAUGGGAGAGGGACAACGACAAUCUGUCGAUUCCAACAAUGAUUCUAGACUCACUAAUCAAGUGCCCCAUUGACACAAGACAGCAGCUGGCGGAGAACAUUCUUCUCGUCGGUGGAACGGUCAUGGCCAAGGGUUUUACAGCUCGAUUGAAGUCAGAGUUAAUCUCCAUUGUAUCGAGUGAUUUGUAUUCUGAAAAACUGAAGAUUAGGAAUUUCAAGUUUCACACUGCACCGUGCAAGCCGAAUUACACUGUCUGGUUGGGAGGGGCAAUCUUCGGCAUUGCUGAUCUGCCUUCGAGGUGUAUUUUAAAAGAAAACUAUCUCAAGAAUGAUCGAGUGCCAGAUUGGGCAAGUCUUUUGUAUAAUAAGAAAGAGGGAUCCAGUUCUGGAAUUUAAAUUGAUUUUUAAGCAGAGCACGAAUGGGGGAGAAAAAGACAGAAUAGACACUUCACUUUUUCUAAAAAUACUCAUAACUUAUUGAGGUGAAAUCAUUGUUUUAAUCGAAAGUCUAUGUCGUUGUCUCUGUGAUGAAUCUAGAUUAAUCGCGAUUGGUGAAUUUAUUUCACAUUUAUAAAUAUUUUUGAGAACUUCAGAAGGGGCUAUUCUAUCUCAUUAUUCGCUGUAAACAUUCAACACAUUAUCAUUUAUACGAAAAUGUUUCAAUAAAAGUCAUUAAAUUAUUA